AUGGCGCUGGACCGGCUCCGCGGCGCAACACGGCAGGGCGCUCUCCUGUGCGCCCUCCUGUUCGCCGUUGCCUCCCAGGGGUCCCUCGCGGUCCUCGUGCCGGGCUGUGGGUGCACUGAUGUUGCCCCUUCCGCCGACUUCUCCUGCGCUCAGCAGCGCGACUUCGGCAAGUGUUCGUUCGGAUUUAUGCAAAAGGCUCCGCCGAGCGGCGGGUCGCGGUUCUGCGAGGUGACCUGCGGCGCCUGCGCCUGCUGCACCUCACCGUCUGAAUUGCUCGGCAAUCUUCCCACCCUGGUCGAGGCUGCGAGGGGCGCGGGUCUGCUCGGGGCUCUGGAGCGGCCUGAGUUCUCCGGAACGCUGUUCGCGCCGACGGAGGCGGCGUUCCUGGGGCUCCUGGAGGACCUGGGAGUGUCGAAGGACGCUCUACUGGGAAACAAGGUCUUGCUGGGCGACGUUCUCAAGUACCACGUCGUGCCUGGACGAGCGGCCAAGGCGGCCGACCUCGAGGACGGCCAGUCCCUGACUACGCUCGGCGGCACCACGCUCACCGUCAACAGGGGGGAGUCCGGUGUGCGCAUCGUCGGGCGCGGCUCCUCCGCCGCCGUGACGUCCCCCGACGCGCUCUCCUGCUACGGCGUCGUGCACACCAUCGACGCCGUCCUGCUUCCGACCGCCGCCGACGACACGACGGUGCGGGAGGCGACGGAGACGGUCGACACCCCCGGGGGCAGCCAGACGACGACGACGCGCACGGUCGAGGGCCCCGGGGUCGCGUCCGCGGAGGUGACGUCGCGCGGAACGGGCACGGUGACCUCGUCGGCUAGUUCCGUGGCGCGGGGCGGGUCCAGGGGCUCCGCGCGCGCGGGACCGUGA